AUGGCUCUGGCAGCCGCAGCAGCAGCAGCGUCUCUGCGCGCGGACGCAGAUUUCGACCGCGGACUGCAGUCGUCCGUUCUAGAUCUCGAGUGCUCCUCCCCAUUCCAUCUCCAUAUUCUCCUCCUCGGCCUCUCCGCUUCUCUCUCCGGCCAAUCCGUCCUCAAAACGCUCUCAGUCGCAAGUCCCGGCCAGAAGCGUGCUUUCAGCAGCGCGCCGUCUCUGUCAGCGGGCUCCCCGUAUGGUCCUUCGCGCGAGCGCUAUCGCUGCUGCUACUGCUCGCCCCUAGCGCGUCGUCCAUUCCCCGAGCGUGCUCGGCGUAAAAGGCAGCGGAUCCCCCGCAGAACUAGUGCACGCUGCAGGAUGGUGAAGAAACGGCGCUCGGUGCAGUCGCUCUUCGCGACGGUGGUGCAGCUCGCGAGCGCGCCAGACUCCCCCGCGAGGCCCGCGUCCCCGUCCCCUCGCACACACGCGCGCACGCGCACACGCUCCCGCGCGAGCUCAGCGGCGACGCUCUCACCCGCGUCCCCCUCCCCCUCCUCGUCGUCGUCGCGCUUCGGCUCAGUGUCGUCCCUCCCCGACCUCCCGCUGCUCGAACUCGGGACGACACGCCGCCACUCGCCGCCGCCCGACCUGCUGGACUCGGACCCGUUCGCGAACCUGUCGCCCGCGCCGUCGGAGCGCAGCCCGCGGCUCCCCCCGCUCGAUUUCUCGGACGCCGCGCCGGUGUCGCCCCUGCGCUCGCCGCUCGCGUCGCCGGUCCUCCCCCGCCCGGCCGAGCUCGUCCGCCCCAAGUCCUCCGGCCAAGCGCAGUCGGCGCACACCCGCCCCGCGUUCCGCCCGCGCCCGUCCCUCCCGUCCCUCAACACGCUCGCGCAGUCCCACGUCGUGGUCCCCAAGGUCCCCCGCGGACGCGUCGGCGCGCAGCUCCCCGCGGAGCCGUGGGCGGAGCCUGAGCCUGCGCCCGUGCUGGAGACGAAGCGGCGGCGGCAUAUGCGGCGGCCGACGGAGCUGAGUGUCAUUCGGGAUUCGCGGAUGAUGGUCGAUGUGCAGCUGGAGGUUGGGCCUGAGGGGGACGCGGCUGAGACGAGCAGCGUCGCGAGUACACGGUCUUGUGAGUCGGUGGCGGCGGACGUGCCUUUUGCUACUGUCCGGUCCCAGCCCGGUCCAUCGGGCGCUGUUUCCCCUUGUAGAGAUGUGGUGUUCCUCCCCUCUGGUAGUGUCUCCUCGUCCUCUGUCUCCCCGUCCAGAGAUGCGGUCUACGCGCUCUCUGGUACUGUCUCCCCGCCCUCUGAUGCGGCGUACGCACUCUCUGGUACUGUCUCUGAUGCUGUUUUCCCGCAUUCUGGCACUAUCUCCCCGCCCUCCCGUACCGUUUCCCCACCCUCUGGCACUGUCGCCCCGCCCCCCUCGCUGUGCCCCCCAUCCCCCAGCUCGACCAACGACUUCCUGACGAUCGACGGCGACCUCCCGUCCCCGCCGCCCCCGCGCUACACGCGCGUGCUCGAAGAAGACCUCUUCGCCUCGCUCGACUACAGCUACGCCCACGCGCUCUCCGCGCUCGCCAGGACGCCCUCCCCCGCGCUCGACCCGACGCGCCUCGCGAAGCUCGUCGCGGAGCCGGGCACCUCGGCGGACACGGUCCGCGCGCUCGCGCGCCCGGCACUGGGCAGCCACUCGCGCAGCAGCAGCUCCGCCGCGUCGUCCGACUGCGACUACGGCGACGCGCUCGGGGCGGACUUUGGGUACGCGUGGCCGCCGUUCCCCGCGCGCGCUGCGGCGGCGGAGUUCUGGGAGGACGACGCGAGGGCGAAGAUGACGCGCUUUAGCCGGCGCUCGUCCUCGUCCUCUACGGGCUCGCGGUACUCGAUCAGGUCGGUCGAGGGUCCCGCGGAGGGAUCUGAGAGCGGGGAGCCGGUGGAUGGGGGCGAGGGCGGCGCGCGGCGCGGAGAGACGAAUGGGGGAGGUAGAUACUAUGGGGGCAGCUCUGGGAGCUACGGGAAUGGACGGUCGAAUGGGUAUUAUGGCAAUGGCUACGGUAACGGCUACGGUAACGGCAAUGGCCAUACUGGCGGGAACGGCUUUGGCGGCGCGGGCGGACGCGAUGGACGCGAUGGCGACGACGGGCGCAAUCCGCGUGCGACGCCGUCGCUGUCUACGCCGAGCGAGACGGAAGAUGACGAGGAGGAGGAGGAUGAGGGAGAUGGGGACGGAGAUGAGAGCUCGGACGACUUCGUCACCGCGCUCGACUUUGGCGGGGACGACCUCUCGCGCCGUCCCUCGCGCUCGGCGACGCCGUCGCGCCACCGCCCCGCGCCCCCCUCCCACGAGGACGACGUGCCGCUCGCGCAGCAGAUCCCCUCUGCACUCAAGGCGCAGCGCACCAUCCGCCGGCAGGUGCGCGACGAGAUCGACCAGCGGCGCCAGGUGCGCCCGGCGCGGCAUGUGCGCGAGGCGCCCCAGCCGCCGCCGCCCAUGCCCCCGAGCCCGAGCUUCAAAUCUGCCCCCGCACCCGCACCCGCACCUGCACCUGCGCCGGUGCCGGUGCCAGCGCCGGUACCGCCGCCGCCAGCUUACCCCGCGCGCUCUGCCAACAGACCCCGGACGAAGACGCUCCCGGGGAACGCCUCCUCGCCCAUCGCCGUCGGCGAGCUCACGAAGAAGCUCAUGGGCCUCCAGGCGCGCUCCGUCCUCCCCGCCGCGCUCACCCGCAAGCGGCCCUCCGUCGACCUCCACCCCAAGGCGCUCGCGCCCCCGGACUUCCCGCCGGACACGAGCAUCUCCUCCAGCCAGAGCUACGGCCAGAACGCGGACCUCGCGCUGCUGCAGCGCCAGCCCUCGCGCGUCGCGACAGAGUCCUCGGGCGAAGACGCCCGCGGGCGCAGCAAUAGCCUCCGCCCCUCCCGCUCCUUCCACCGCUCCGCGACGCCCGCCGCGGACGCACGCGCGUACGCCAACUCUGGCUCGGGUUCCGCCUCUGGCUCCGUCGGCCGCAGCAGGAGCGUCGCGCGCACCCGCGUGCCCGUCCCGCAGGAGCCGAUGCCCGCCGUGCCGACGCUCCCGCCCUCCAGCCCGCGGCUCGACGAACCGAGCGGGGCCGGCGUCGACAGGGCGCGCUCGCUGCGCGCGCCGUCGCGCAGGGCGAGCCCCGACCGCCACCCGGGCGAGCGCGACCGCUCGCGUGCGCGCAAGCCGUCAUCUGCGGACGCACAGCAGCAGCAGCCGGCCCCGCCGCUUCCCGCGGGGUUCGUGCCGGGCCACGCUGCGGCGGGGAGCUACUCGCAGCCGCCGCCGUACCAGGCGAAGGCGCCUGCGGUGUGGCAGCAGCGGAUAUUUGUGGGGAACAUGCAGCGGUUUUGCUUGGUGGAGAUUGGGGCGGCGACGACGGCGGGGGACGUGAUGCAGGUGGUGGACGCGCAGGGCGGGCUGGAGCAGGGCGGGAGUGGGAGUGGGUGGAUGGUGUGGGAGGUGUCGCAGGAUUUUGGCAUGGAGCGGCCUGUGCGGAAUUUUGAGCUGCUCUCGGACGUGUGUGGUUCUUGGAAUACCGACAGGACUGUCAAUUUUUUGGUCAUCAAGAGGACGGUGUGGGCGAAUAUGCUCAGUCGAUCGGCUGUCCCCUCUAGCUCGCCGGUGUGCAGCGGUUACGUGCAGCACGAGUACAAGCGUGGCAAGUGGCAGAAGCGAUGGCUGGAGCUCCGUGAACACAGCCUCUGGCUCUCCAAGCGCGACACCGGCAAGGACCAGACGUUCCUCUGCUCGCUGAACAACUUUGACGCGUACAUCUUCGCGCGGCCGCACAAGGCGCCGAAGCAGUACGUGUUUGCGAUCAAGUCCACGGACAGCCUGUCGUUCUUCGAGAACACCGCGGACUACGUGCACAUCUUCUCCUGCGGCGAGAGCGAGGGCAGGAAGUGGGUCGAGAAGAUCCUCGUCGCCCGGUCAUAUGUCUUGUACCAAGAACGCAACGUGCUGUCUUCCGCUGGGCUGUCCCGGGUGGCGACGCGUCCCGGCCAGCGCCCCGCACAACCCCUCGUCAACGUCCCGCAAAAACUUGAUUAUAGCAGUUCCUCUAUCGAUUUCGAGCCAGGGUCGCUCCUGGGUAGACGCAAGCCAUAG